GGCUACGCCUUUCUUUCUGGACCGACCCUGCCUGCAUACGGUGGGACCAUCGGGUGCGAAUUUGGCUCAACCCUUUUGGAACAGCUGACAUUCGAGUAACCCUGCUCCGCCCGUUUUGCGCCUUAACCUGCGUGCCGAGAUGGCGCGCGGCCUUGCCACGCUACUUGUGGCCAUCUGCGCCGCAGGCUCCGCGUCCGCGGGCAAGCCGAGCAGGUCGCCACGCGGCUCGCGCCGCGUCGCGUCCGCGCCGCCGCGUGGAGCCCCGCGCGGGCUGAGGAGCGUCCCGUUCUCCCUGCGGGACGCCGGCGGCAGAGACCUGGUCGCGGAGGCUGCGUCGCUUCGACAAUCUGGAGGCGGCCGGCGCCUCAUGGCGGAGCUGGAUCCCGCUGCUCCGCUGCAGAUGAGCUUCACCGCAAACGACGUGAAGUUCAACCUGGAGCUGGAGCGCGCUCGGUCGGUCUUCACCAGUGGGGCGAGGAUCAUUAACGGCAAGGGCGAGACGGUGCCUGGUCACCGCGUGACCAGCACGCCCAUUUUCCGCAGCGAGAAGCACGGUGCCGUGCUCUCUCCCGUGAGCGGCCGGCUUCGAGGCCUCGUGAGGCUGAACGGCAGCCUCGUGGAGGUCGAGGCGGACCCCGCCACCGGGAUGCUCUCGACGAGCACCCAGGUGCACACGUCUGCCAGGGUAACUGGAUACAGCGAGGGACUCAUGGCAUCGAGCCCAACGACAAGAACAUUCGACCCUGAGGCCAUCCAAAGGUGGACCAACUGCUAUACCGAUGACCACAUCACCCACGCCUUAUCUAUGGGUGUCUCCCUUGGCGACUCUGGGGCAGCACUGUUCAGUGACGCCGAGGACGCUACGGAGUGGAUGCAGAGCGUCUUCGCAAUGGCCAACAUGGUCUAUACCCCUCAGCUGAACAUCGUAUUGAUGAUCGAUGCGGUCUACAUCCCGUCGAUGGUCGGAGAGACGCAGAGCUGGGCCAGCUGCGGCAGCAGUAUCACCGCCCAGUUGACCAACUUGGAGCAGUGGUCGCAGCCGUCCAGGCAGGGCCUGUGGCACGUGUUCGACGACUGCCACACGGCGGGAGUCGCAGGAACCGUUGGCCUGGCAGUCCUGGGACAGACGCAGUAUUAUGGUGUAUGCGCAAUGGACCCCGAGUGGGACGAUACAAUGUCCAACGUCGGCAUCACAUACAUCUCGCCCGAAACCUGGCUGACGUUUGCCCACGAGGUUGGCCACAAUGCGUCAG